CGAUGAUUUUAAUGAUGACAAAUGCUUACAUUAUUAAAUAUCCAACGUAAAAAUCUCCAAAUCUUAACAGAAAAGAGUACAAACACAACAAGAAAGAAGUAACAAAUCUCUUAUUUCACUUAUAUCAUACAAAUAAAUUAAUUUCAUAUGAAAAAGAAAUGGAGAAAUUUGGUAAAAGAUUUGAAGGGAAAGUAGUAAUUGUAACAGCAUCAACACAAGGUAUUGGAUUUACCAUUGCUCAAAGACUUGGUCUUGAAGGUGCUUCUGUUGUUAUCUCCUCUCGUAAACAGGAAAACGUAGAUGAAGCGGUAAAGAAACUAAGAGAUGGAGGAAUUGAAGUGCUGGGAUUAGUAUGUCAUGUCUCGAAUGCACAACAGAGAAAGAAUUUGAUAGAGAAAACCAUUCAGAAAUAUGGGAAACUAGAUGUGGUUGUGUCGAAUGCCGCUGUCAAUCCUUCUGUGGAUUCAAUAUUAGAAACUAAAGAAUCAGUCCUUGACAAGCUGUGGGAUAUCAAUGUCAAAGCCUCUAUACUAUUACUACAAGAUGCAGCUCCUUACCUUAAGAAGGGUUCAUCGGUUGUUCUAAUUUCCUCGGUUUCUGGUUACUCGCCACCGGCUUCAAUGGGUAUGUAUGGAGUGACAAAAACUGCGCUGUUCGGACUUACCAAGGCUCUUGCAGCUGAAAUGAGUCCGGAUACUCGUGUAAACUGUAUUGCACCAGGUUUUGUACCUACACACUUUGCUGAUUACAUCUUGAAGAAUGAACAAGUGAGGAAGGAGAUCGAGAGCCAGACAUUACUCAAACGACUUGGAAAAACACAAGAUAUGGCGGCGGCUGUUGCUUAUUUGGCUUCUGAUGAUGCCUCUUAUGUAACCGGAGAAACUCUUGUUGUUGCUGGAGGAAUGCCUUCUCGACUUUGAACUUGUCGAUUGUGUUACCUCUCCUUCUGGACCGCACUCUGCCUGUCCUUACAACAGUAGAAGCUCAUACCGGAAUUUCAUUACCUUAUUCCUUGUGUAAAACGUAUUGCUUUUAGCUCUGUUCACUUUGAAAUGCAUCUAUUAGGACUAUUAAGAUAUCUAUUAAUCAACUUUUGUUACUGAUGGUAUGAUAAUCAACUUACCUUCAAAACAAAUAACAUAUGAAAAUUCAUUAA